CAACCUUCUCAAGAAAACCCAACCCAGUUUGAGUUCUCUUAUCCCAGCUUCAGAGCAGAGAUUCCAGAGAGUUUUAGAGACCAGGCUUUUAGUUAGUCUUUUAUUCAUUUAAAUUUUCUUGGAAUAAAUUUUGGGAGAAAAAAAUGUCACUGAUUCAAAGAUUAACAACUUGCUGUUAGAUCAGCAGAACAGAAAUGUACAACAUACUUGUCCGACCUUCAUAUAUUCAUAACAGAACCACCAGUAGAGUUUGGUGCUUAUAAAAUAUGGAUUUUUCUGACAUCUUCUAGAAUCAUUCUCCCACUGGGUGACAUUUACUGAAGCUGGAAUAUCUCUGUGUAAGAGCUGCAGAAAAUGAUCAACUUCCAGUCCCCAAAUGAUGCACACUUUAGUUUGAAGAUGAAUGUGCUGUUACAGGGAUCAGUGACAUUCCAGGAUGUGGCUGUGGACUUCACCCCAGAGGAGUGGCAGCUGCUUGACUGUGAUCAGAGAACCUUGUAUUGGGAUGUGAUGUUGGAGAACUUUAGAAACCUCAUCUCAGUGGGGGGCCCCGGUACCAAAACAAAAGGCGUCUUCAAGGCAGAGCAAGGACAAGAGCCAUGGCUGGGGGAGGGAGAGAACCCAUGCUGGCGCUGUCCAGAAGCUGAUUGCCUACUUGUUGAUGAAUCAGAGAAGCACCAGGAAAGCAAAGACAAUUUUUUGAAUUCAGUUUUGUUCACAUUCAAUAAAAUUCUGACUAUGGACAGACUCCAUGGUUAUAACAUGAGCACAAGUCUUAAUCCUACAAGAAAAAAAUCAUAUAAAUGUAAAUUAUAUGGGAAGAGUUUACAACCUACUUUAGACUUACUUAGUUACGAUAGAUGUUAUACUGGAAAAAACUCAUAUGAAUGCACUGAAUGUGGGAAAGCCUUCAAAAAGAAAUUUCAUUUCAUUAGACAUGAAAAAAAUCAUACAAGAAAAAAACCUUUUGAAUGCCGUGACUGUGGGAAAGCCUAUAGCAGGAAGGCGCACCUUGCAACUCAUCAGAAAAUCCAUAACGGAGAGAGACCCUUUGUGUGCAAUGAUUGUGGGAAAGCAUUUAUGCAUAAAGCACAACUGGUGGUCCAUCAGAGACUCCACACGGGAGAGAAACCUUACGAAUGCCAUCAGUGUGGGAAGUCGUUCACUUGGAACUCCUCCUUUACCCAGCAUGUGAAAUCCCAUACACUUGAGAACUCAUUUGAAUGUAAGGAAUGUGGGAAAACCUUCAGGUAUAGCUCAUCCCUUUAUAAACAUUCUCGAUUUCAUACAGGAGAGAAACCCUACCAAUGUAUUGUAUGUGGCAAAGCCUUUGGUAACACAUCUGUGCUUGUUACACAUCAAAGAAUUCAUACAGGAGAGAAACCAUAUGGGUGCAUCGAAUGUGGCAAAGCCUUCAUCAAGAAGUCACAUCUGCUUAGACAUCAGAUAACUCAUACAGGAGAGAAGCCCUAUGAAUGUAACAGAUGUGGGAAAGCCUUUUCCCAGAAGUCAAAUCUUAUUGUACAUCAGAAGAUUCAUACAUAGUAUUCAUGUUGAAUACGACAAAGCCUUAAAUAUUAGAUAAAUCUUAUUAAAACAGAAUUCACGGGGAGAAAUCCACCAAUUUGAAUGGAUUUGGAAGAGUAGAUUCCCACAAAAAAGAAUCAGUGCCAUCAUGUUUUGGAAGUGAUAAUAAAAUUUUUACAGAAAAAGGUCACAGAAAACAUUUAUAAAUAACAGUGCUUAGAAAGUAAGCAUAAAUUAGUCAAGGAAUCAGUGAAAAUUAUACUUAUUAUCUCUGAUUUUUAUUUUUAUAAUAUUAUAGAAUUACACAAGUGUGAGUAUAAAAUGUUUAUUACACUAAAUUAUAUCAAGAGUGAGGUACCUAUCAUUUUUUUCUUCCAAUCCUAACAACAUGCAAGUGAAAAAAAUGUGGUUUAAUAUGAAAUACGCAGUUCAGUAAUACUUUUAUCCAUUUGCUGGCACUUUUAAUGGGCAAGGCAGUGUUAUUGAUCUGUCUCCUUUUUAGUUAUAAAACUUGUUACAGAGGUGUUUUCCUAUGUAUGUAAACAGCAAAACAACCAAUUUAAGACACGAUUUGUGAGGGAAAAGCAGUUGUAUUCUGUAUUACAAUAAGUAUUCAGUUGGGGAGAAUAAGUAUUUAAAUAAGUUUGUAAAUAAAACAUUUGCACUUCAAA